GAUGGGGUUUCAAUAUUCCAGACACUUCUAGGAUUGGAGACUCUUUGCUGGUGGGGAGACUCCGGCUCCGGCAGCCAGUUGGGCAGCGGCAAAGUAAAAUGAACAGCGAGAGACAGGCGUUCCGGCCGCCGCUCUGUCGCCCUGAGACCUCGGAGCUGUUCUCCGGCCAACUCGUUUCCCACCUAGAGUUCCUGAACGCGCUGGACCCAGGGAGCCCACGGAGCCCUAGAAGCUGUUCCUCCGAGAUGCCUUCGCCUGAGCAGUAAGAACUUCCUGCUUGAGCCCCUGCAUCCCCUCCCCCGAAACCCCCACCGGAGAAAGGGGCUGCGACCCCAGGGGGAGGGGCCAGGGAAUCCUCGCGCGCAGCUCGUUCUCCCUCCCCCUCCCCUGCCGGGCGCGCAGGCAUGGAUGUGCUCGGCCCCGGACAGGGCAACAACACUACGUCCCCCGAAGGUCCCUUCGGGACAAACGGCAAUGCUACCGGCAUCUCCGACGUGACCUUCAGCUACCAAGUGGUCACCUCUCUGCUGCUGGGCACCCUGAUCUUCAGUGCGGUGCUGGGAAACGCGUGCGUAGUUGCUGCCAUUGCUCUGGAGCGCUCCCUGCAGAACGUGGCCAACUAUCUGAUCGGCUCGCUGGCAGUCACCGACCUCAUGGUGUCGGUGCUAGUGCUGCCCAUGGCCGCGCUGUACCAGGUGCUCAACAAGUGGACGCUGGGACAGGUCACCUGUGACCUGUUCAUCUCCCUCGACGUGUUGUGUUGCACCUCGUCCAUCCUGCACCUGUGCGCCAUCGCGCUGGACAGGUACUGGGCCAUCACGGACCCCAUCGACUACCUGAACAAGAGGACGCCCCGGCGUGCCGCUGCGCUCAUCUCGCUCACUUGGCUCAUUGGCUUCCUGAUCUCCAUCCCGCCCAUGCUGGGCUGGCGCACCCCCGAAGACCGCUCGAACCCCGACGCGUGUACCAUCAGCAAGGACCAUGGCUACACCAUCUACUCCACUUUCGGCGCUUUCUACAUCCCGCUGCUACUCAUGCUCGUUCUCUAUGGGCGCAUUUUUCGAGCCGCGCGCUUUCGCAUCCGCAAGACAGUCAAGAAGGUGGAGAAGAAGAGAACGGACACCCGCUUUGGGGCGUCGCCAGCCCUGCAGCCCAGGAGGAGCAUAAAUGGGGAGCCGGAGAGCAGAGGAUGGGGGCAGGGCGUGGAGAAUAAGGCAGGGGGCAGUCAGUGCGCCAAUGGAGCUGUGCGGCAGGGCGAGGAUGGCGCAGCCCUGGAGUUGAUCGAAGUGCACCUGAUGGGCCACUCCAAAGAGCACCUGCCGUUGCCCUGUGAGGCGGGUUCUGUCCCCUGUGCUCCCACCUCCUUAGAGAACAAAAAUGAGCGCAACGCCGAGGCAAAGCGCAAAAUGGCUCUGGCCCGCGAGAGGAAGACGGUGAAGACACUGGGCAUCAUUAUGGGCACCUUCAUCCUCUGCUGGCUGCCCUUCUUCAUCGUGGCCCUGGUCCUGCCCUUCUGCGAGAACAGCUGCCACAUGCCCAGUCUGUUGGGCGCCAUAAUAAACUGGCUCGGCUACGCCAACUCGCUGCUCAACCCUGUCAUUUACGCCUACUUCAACAAGGACUUCCAAAACGCCUUUAAGAAGAUCAUCAAGUGCAAGUUCUGCCGCGGAUGAUGAUGGAGGAGCAGCCGCCCAGUAGGCCCGCCCCAUCCACGUUGCCUUCCGCAACCCUCUGGAAUCAAUACUUAAGAUA